UUCAAAUUUCAAACACUGGGCGGGAAACACUUUCAUUGGCUCUCUAUCCAGCCCGUCAAACUAUGAGCUGACCAAUAGACACAUUUUAUGGGUUCGGCCGACGAAGACACGCAAUCAGACAACAGGCUCCGUUACGCUAAACAUUUGCAUGUGAGAGUGAAUAAAUACCACAGCGACGAGACUCUUCAACAUUCAGCAUUUACUCAUCUGUGAAGAAGCAUCAUGCCUGAACCAGCCAAACCCGCGCCCAAGAAGGGCUCUAAGAAGGCCGCAACCAAGACCGCCGUUAAGGGAGGAAAGAAGCGCAGAAAGUCCAGGAAGGAGAGUUACGCCAUCUACGUGUACAAAGUGCUCAAGCAGGUCCACCCCGACACCGGCAUCUCUUCCAAGGCGAUGGGCAUCAUGAACUCUUUCGUCAACGACAUCUUCGAGCGCAUCGCCGGUGAGUCGUCUCGUCUCGCGCACUACAACAAGCGCUCCACCAUCACGUCGAGAGAGAUCCAGACCGCCGUGCGUCUGCUGCUGCCCGGUGAACUCGCCAAACACGCCGUGUCCGAGGGCACCAAAGCCGUCACCAAGUACACCAGCUCCAAGUAAAGCGCCGCUUUCAUCCGCCGCACACAAAGGCUCUUUUAAGAGCCACACACUUAUUCCUUUAAAAGAGAUUCUCAUGUUUGUAAAGUUGUGGUUGUAGUUUUUCAUUGUAAUUAUUUAAAUUGCGACUCGACA